CAUUCUUCUAUAUAUAGGAAUAACCCAACUUUCAGUUUUAACCUCAUCAUUACAUAUUGUCUUCAAAGCUCAAACUUAGUUCAUUACAUAUAUACUAUUGCCAUGGAUCAUAAGCAUUCUAUGGAAGGAGAUGCAAAUGGAAGCAUUAAUCUAAAAGGUGAUGAACUCCAAAAUUUAAGCCACACAUGCAGCCUAGACAUCACAAUAUUCGAGCCUCUUGGCCACGGCCUUAGCAGCACUACUUCCAACUCUGUCUCCCCAACAAGCAACGCCACCGUUAGAGCACCGGAGAAGAGCCUCACCCUCUUUGCUCUGCAGCUAGCAGUGCUGGAGAAAGCAGCAACAGGUCUGGGAACUCUUGGUUUUAUUUGGGCAACUGUUGUCCUCCUUGGCGGUUUUGCAAUAACCUUGGACAAAACAGAUUUCUGGUUCAUUACCAUAAUACUCUUGGUGGAAGGGACUAGAGAGACCAGUGCGAGUAGUGGUACACCAAGAACACAAACUAGGAUGUGGAUCACUUCAGAUGUUCCUCUUCUUCCAUAUACCAAGUGGUUCUUCAUCUCAAGGCAUGUCAGUAGGAUCCUCUACUGGCUUCAGAUUCUCUCUGCAACAGCUUGUGUGGUUCUGUCACUGAUAAAGCUCAUCAAGCAUGAUUAUGUAGCAAUAUCGAAGGUACAUUCUCAAGAGAGAAACCGGCAAUCUGCUCUCACUAUCUUCUAUGCAUUGGCUUUGGCAGAAGCUUUGGUGUUUUUAAUGGAGAAAGCUUAUUGGGAGUGGCAAGUUGGUUACUGCAAAUUGUUGGAAAAGGUUAACAUGGAGUGUGAGUUGGGGCAAUUUGAAUUGCCUUCCAUUACAAGAUUCUUCUAUGAUGCAUACUCGAGGUGUGUCAAUGGUUGCAUUUUUGAUGGACUGAAUAUGGACAUGGUUAGUUUUUCUAUGGAUUUAUUGGCUUCACAUUCACCUGAUGAACAGUUAAUUGGAGCAAGAAUUCUGCGGCAAUUUUCGAUCAGCCAGCGCUUUUCGGAUGAUACACUGCAAAAGAUUGGGACUGACAUAUCUAUGGUGGGGAGGCUAGUUGAGAUGCUGAAUUGGACAGAUCACAAUGAAGAAGAAACUAGGCUCUCAGCCGCAGAGAUUUUGUCCAAACUUGCAGGAAAGAAACAGAAUUCGGUCCGAAUAGCCGGGAUACCGGGAGCUAUGGAAUCAAUUUCAUCUCUGCUUCAAACCAAUAGGAAUCAUAUUCCCGCGGCAGAUGAGAUUGGCGAAAAGAAACUCAUGUUUGAUCAUCAGAAUUACAGGUUUUGGACAUUCAACCAUUUAGGACUACUCAUACUGAAGAAGCUAGCACGUGAUCAUGACAACUGUGGAAAGAUUGGAAACACAAGAGGCCUUCUCCCAAAGAUCAUAGAUUUCACACACGCCCAAGAAUGGUUGCUGAAGAAUGAAAAUGUUGCUCCAUCACAAAUCCUAACAGUGAAGAGAUCUCUGCAGCUGGUGAAGAUGCUAGCCAGCACAAUAGGCACCACCGGGAAGCAUCUCCGCCUCGAGAUUUCAGAGAUAGUUUUCACAAUCAGCAAUAUUAGAGAUAUCUUAAGGCAUGGAGAGAAGCAUCUCCCGCUUCAGAAACUGAGCAUAGAAAUUCUAACAAGUUUGGCAUUGGAAGAGGAAGCAACUGAGAGGAUUGGAGGCACAGGUGGAGUGCUUAAGGAACUGUUUAACAUAUUUUUCAAUGGCAGCAUUUCAGAAAGACAUAAGCAUGUAAGGAUCAUUGCUGGUGAGGCCUUAGCAAUGCUGGCACUAGAAAGCAGGAGUAACUGUCAUCGAAUUUUGAAAUUGAAAGUGUUUCAAAGGCUUAUUGAAGCAUUGGAAGAUCCAUUACUUCGCGUCAACGCGGCAAGAAUCCUAGGAAAUUUAUGCACAUACAGUGAUUCAGAGUGCUACAACCAGCUGAAAGGAAUAAAAGCUGCAGCUCCAGUAAUACUCAAGGCGAUAAUGUGGGAAGAAAACAAGAUUCAAGAAGUAAUGAUUGGACUAGCAACAAAUGUUUUAAGAUACCUGAGUUGUGACGAAUUGAGGAUCGUUUCGGAGGAAGCCGGAAUAACGGAGAGUGAACUCGCAAAGAAGUUGAUCAAGAUUCUCAAGAGAUACGAAUGUCCAGAAACAAAGGUGCCAAGAAUGAGGAGGUUCGUGAUAGAGCUAGCCAUUUGGAUGAUGAAAGAUAAAUCAGAAAACAUAAAGACAUACAAGGAUCUGGGAAUGGAGGAGGUGUUGGAGAGGGUACUGGAAACUACAUCAGAGCUUGAAAGCUUCAAAGUAUUCUCUGGCACUGUUGGACACAAUAGGCACCAUCUAUCAGUUCAAUCACUCGUAGAAACAGCACUGAAACUGCUACAACUGGAACUUAGUUAAAAGAUCAAAACACACUACUCUCCAAUCAUUUUAUACAUGUAAUUAAUUGACUUGAA